AUAGGAGAUUCCUAAAUCUAAAUUCAGUUAGAGUGAAUAGUUUAGAGUGAAGCGAAUCAGUCGCACAAGUGUUAACAUGAAAAAAGGUGUAACAUUUCUAGCCUGUUUCAUUGUCUGCCUCAAAGUCGCUUGCUCUGAAGCAGAAGUUCGAAAACUUUUUAACAUUAGUCAUGUUAAUUCAUCGGAUUACAUGCGAUAUCAUGCAUUACAUUUGUUUAAUAAUGAUCAUCCAAACCGACUACGACCUGCAUUAAAAAAAUGUCCCAUGUCAAAUAUGCUCUUUCCGGUGAAGAUAUUUUCUACCGAAGAACCAUACUUUUGUUCCGCGGUGUUCAUAAGCGCUGAUUUUUUGCUAGCACCAGCGAUGUGUCUGAAACUUAUGCAACCGGUUGAUGACCAUCCCUCGAGUCAUAUGUUUGUUUUAAUCGAGGCGGAACACGUAUUCUAUUACGAAGGUGGUCGCCGGUACAUAAACAAAAUUUUUUAUCAUCCUAAGCUAGAGGAAGAACCAGUGUACCAUAAUCUAGCCGUUGUGAAGUUGCGCAAUCCAAUUCGUGAAACGGUGAUGGCAAAUGGUCAAAGUAUUGUUGCUUGUCUAUGGUCUGAAAUAAAGCUGCGCAAUAACAAAGUUUACUUGGGCGAAUGGUUUAAGUAUCAUCCUGAACAAAAUCCUGCCUUUCGUUGGCUUGAUGUUCCAGUCAUAACGAGGAAGGAAUGUCGCGAGGAGCUUUCGAAAAAUAAAGUAAUCAUACCAGAAUUUGAUCGCGGAGUAGCUGAAACACAACUAUGUGUUAAGGACAAGAAAAAUAGUACCAUGAUUGAGUUUUGUGAACCUCGUUCGUCAGGACCAUUAUUUAUGACCCUCGGUAACACAGUUUACGUGGUAGGGAUGCCUACAGUUCAUAUUGAUGAUUGUAAUGUGCAAAUUGAGGUGUUUAAUCAGGUUUCAUCAUUUUUGGAUUGGAUUGAAGCAAUCGUAUGGCCCCGUUUUGAACCUCUGUAGAAAGUAGUGCAUACAAACUGGUUAGGUUUGAUGUGCAACAUUCGUACUAAGUUGAUAGUGAUUUUGUAAAUUUCACUAAGAUUUCAACGGUUCCCUGUAAUAUAAAAGUAUGAAAUUAUAGGCAUUACAAUAUUAUCAAAUCAUUGAUUAACAAAAUCGAUAAUUUAAUAUAAAAUAUAAACCGUUAAAUAAAAGAUGGUUGUUUAAAAAAA